AUGAGCUAUUAUUUACUAAUUGUUGUUGUACAUGAUGAGAGUAUAUCUAAUCUUAAUGAUAUUGACCUUGAGUUUAGUGAGCCAACAUAUGGUUCUGAAUUCAGUGAGCUGACAUGUAAUCCUGAGUUUAAUGAGUUGACAUACGAUUCCGUAGUUUCUGCUUGUGAAAGUAGCGACAUAGAUUUGGGUUCUUCUGAGGAAAAACUGUAUAAAGGAUUGAAGUUUAGAAGUUGGGACGAAGCAUAUGAUAUAAUAAAAGUGUAUGCACAACAAGAAGGCGAUGAAUACAAACCAAAAAACACAUUAGUUAAAGAAACAAACACCAAAUACAUAAAAUGCCCUUGGCACGUAAAUUUAUCACAACCAAUCAAGAACAAUCCUAAUGGAAUCAUUUAUAUUACAAUGUUGAAUAAUAAACAUAAUCAUAAUCUGUCUCCUUAUAGAAUGAAGUUUUUUAAUGAUAAUGCAUUUACUCAAGAAAUACAUGAACGGGUGGAGUUUUACUUAAAUGUGGUUAAGCUUAAACCACUACAAAUUCAGAAGGCUCUGCAAAAGGAGUUUCCUGAUCAUGAAAUCUACCUUUCUGAAAUUUACAAAGUAACUGCAAAAUUUUAUUGUGAAAAGCGAAAGGAUAUUUCGAAUGAUGCUGUAUCCUUGUAUGAGGAUUUAGUAAAAAAAAAGAACGAAGACCCUCGUUGGUAUAUUGCGAUUGAUUGGGACAGGGAAACACAUAUUCUUCAGAGACUGUUUUGGAUGUCCCCUGAUCAAAUUAUUCUAUGGAUGGAAUUUGGCGAUAUUGUUUUAAACGAUAAUACCACAAAAACAAAUCACUAUGAUAUGGCGCUUUCCCUCUUUUUGUGUAUUGACAAUCAUGGGUCUUCUCGAUUAGUUGGUUGUGCACUUAUAGAUGAUAAGUCAGCAGACUCUUACUGGUGGGUUUUACGCCAGACAAAGAAAGCUACAGGCAGUUGUGUGCCUGAUGUUAUCAUGACCGAUGCCGAUCCAGCCUUGGACCUUGCAAUUUCUGAAGAAUAUGAAAAAUCAUAUGCUAUGCACUGUAUUUUUUAUAUUUCACAAAAUCUCCCUCGAAAUCUCAAGACCUGGUUGGGUCAAAGGUAUCAUGAUUUUAUUAAAGACUUUUAUAAGGCUCGGAAUUCACUAAUUCCAAAAAUCUUUGAACAUAAGUGGGCACUAUUAAGUGAAAAGUAUAAUGAACCUAGGGUGGCCAAGUAUUUGCGAACAUUGCAUUCAUCAAAAAAAGCAUGGGCACGUGCGUAUAUGGCAAAAGUUUUUACAGCAGAUGUACAGACAACAUCACGAGUUGAAAUUUUGGAUACAAAUAUAAGUGAAGAGAUUAAAAAAGCAAAGUAUAUUUAUUGGAAAACACAAAUUCCAUUAACAUCUUCUGUUAUUACACUACCACAAGCAUUAUUUCCUGAAGUUGAUAAUGCUUUGUAUCAUUUUCUUACACCUGUGAUGCUAAAAGUUCAACGUGUUGAAAUUAAAAGUUGCUUAAAAUAUCAGGCGUCUAUGAUUACAAAGGAUGAGUUAAUUAAAUAUCAAGAGGUAUGUAUUAUAUUGUUUUUGCCUGAACCUGAUGAUACUCAGUUUAUUGAAGACGAUGAAGAUGUAAUGCAGAUUUCCGUAAAUUAUAUGUUAAAAAAUGUAGAUGUUAAUGAGAUAGAAGAAGUCUGGGCAAUCCGAUUUGUAAAUCGUGGAAUAGUAUGUCAACACUUUUUUCAAGUAAUGUUAUGUAGUCCUGUAGCUGCAUUUCAUAUUACACAUGUUCACAGAAGAUGGUACAAAGACAUUCAUAGUAAUUUACAAGAAAAGCCUUACAUUGUAGCCACAUGGUUUAGUAAGAGCUACUCUCAAUAUCCAUCAAAACUAAUGAAAUAUAGUACAAACAAAUUAUUUACACCUCUGGUUGACCUUCGAAAUGAAAGAAAGAAUGAUAUUAAUGAACGAAAAUUGUAUGGAGAAUUAUGGGGAGUUGUGCGAGAUAUAACACAAAAGGCUGUUCGAUUUCACAGGCAAGAUAUUUUAAAAAAGCUACAGGAUUUAUUAACUGAAAUGCAAGAGGAUGUGUUAGUAAGCAGCUCAACUGAGAAUGAUAAUGAAGAGACAUGCAGUAGUAGUAAUAACAACUUACACAAUGAUGAAGAUGACAAAGAAAAUGAUUUGACUAGUAUAUUUCUUCAAAAUCCCAUAAAGCGUAAGGCAAAAGGACGCCCAAAAAGUUCUAAACGAAUCAAAAGAGCAGAAGAAUUGAAGUCGACUAAGCGUCAAAAUCAGUGUGGUAAUUGUGGCAAGUACAGACAUUAUAGACCUAAAUGUUCAAAAAAUCAAGAAAAUAAUUAG